AGUACGUAUGCGCGGGAAAGUUAAAAUAACAAAUCACACUGUUUGACAGUAUAUAUUCCUUCCUGUGUACCUCUGGCGACUUCCGGUAUAUUGUACUCGUAAAUUAUUCAAUCAUAUUUAAGAAUUGAAUGGAAUAUAUUUAUGAAUGAAUAAAAUAAAAAUUCUUGGAUUAUAAUAAAUAUAAAAAUGAUUUAAAAUAUAUAUUUAUUUUUAUUUUUCAUAAUGUGUUAAAUAAAACAGGAACUAUUUCUUGUGCGUAUACUACGUCACCAUGAUGAUCAUUCGUGAGUUCCUUUGGAAUCGGACGUCAAGUAGUGUUCUCGUUUUAGCGAGUACAUUGAUUUUUUCAAGAAAUUUUUGGAAUAUCUAUUUACAAAUCAAUAAGCUUCUUCAUGACGAUGGCAUACCGUGAUCGUGAACGUGGUGACAGGAGAGGUGGAGGUGGUUCUAGAGGAGGCCGUUUUGGUGGACGAGAUGGAGGCAGUGGUGGAAGAUUUGGAAGUAGUGCAAACAGAGAUAACAGCAGUUUUGGAAGUAAUAAUUUUAAAAACCGUCAGCCUGGAGAACGAUUACGCAAACCUAGAUGGGAUAUGAGUACUUUGCAACCAUUUAGAAAAGACUUUUAUCAACCACAUCCCAAUGUCACAACAAGAAGUCUUCAUACAGUUGAAGCUUACCGUUCAGACAAAGAGAUCACAGUAAAAGGCUCUAAUGUCCCUGGGCCCAAUAUUUAUUUUGAAGAGGGUGGUUUUCCAGAUUAUGUUUUAAGUGAAAUUCGUAGACAAGGCUUUGGAGAACCAACAGCUAUACAAGCACAAGGUUGGCCUAUUGCUUUGUCUGGACGUGAUAUGGUUGGCAUAGCGCAAACAGGAUCUGGAAAAACAUUAGCUUAUAUUUUACCAGCUAUAGUGCAUAUUAAUCAUCAACCUAGAUUAAGUAGAAAUGAUGGUCCUAUAGCUCUUAUUUUGGCACCUACAAGAGAACUUGCACAACAAAUACAACAAGUAGCAUCAGACUUUGGAGUUUCUUCACAGGUUAGAAAUACUUGCAUUUUUGGUGGAGCUCCUAAAGGUCCACAGGCACGAGAUCUGGAAAGAGGAGUAGAAAUUUGUAUAGCAACUCCUGGUCGUCUAAUAGAUUUUUUGGAACGCGGUACAACAAAUCUUCGUAGAUGUACAUAUUUGGUACUUGAUGAAGCAGAUAGAAUGCUUGAUAUGGGGUUUGAACCCCAAAUUAGAAAAAUUGUAGAACAAAUACGUCCAGAUAGGCAAACACUUAUGUGGUCAGCAACAUGGCCAAAAGAAGUUCGUAACUUGGCAGAAGAGUUUUUAACUGACUAUAUACAAAUCAAUAUUGGCUCUUUACAAUUAGCAGCUAAUCAUAAUAUCCUUCAAAUAGUGGAUGUAUGUGAAGAAUAUGAAAAGGAAAGUAAAUUAAUGAAACUUUUGGAAGAGAUUUCUAAUGAACCAGAAAAUAAAACUAUCAUUUUUGUUGAAACAAAAAGAAAGGUGGAUGAUAUUACACGAGCUAUUAAUAGAUAUGGAUGGCAAGCAAUUGGCAUCCAUGGAGAUAAAAGUCAACAAGAAAGAGAUUAUGUAUUAAAUCAAUUCCGGAAUAGCAGAUCAGCAAUACUAGUUGCUACGGACGUUGCAGCAAGAGGUUUAGAUGUGGAAGAUGUCAAAUUUGUGAUAAACUUGGAUUAUCCGUCCAACUCGGAAGACUAUGUUCAUCGUAUUGGACGUACGGGACGAUCGCAACGAACAGGAACUGCAUAUGCCUUCUUUACACCUGGAAAUGCACACAAAGCUAGUGACCUAAUCCAAGUACUAGAAGAAGCAAAGCAAGUUGUAAAUCCUAAACUUUAUGAACUUUCGAGAAAUCCAGGCAUUUAUAAACGAGGUCGAUACAGUGGUCGUAAUGGCGGAGGUGGUAGCCGUGGAUCCGGUGGUCGUGGGGGUGGUCCACGAGGAUCACGUGGUGGACGUGAUGGAAAUGAUAGAAGUGGGAGAUUUGAUCGUAGCGGUGGUAGUGGUAGUGGGAGUGCUGGUGGGAACGAUCGUGGAAAUAAAUGGGGUGGAAGUAGUAGUGGUGGUAUGGGAGGUGGUUAUGGCAGUAAAUCAUUUCCUCAAAAUAACUUUGGAGGAGCUUCCAGUGGUGGUGGCUCUAGUUAUAGUCAAAAUGGUGGUGCAUAUGGAGGAGGUGGUGGUGGGAGCAGUUACAGACAACAGAAUGGUUAUUAACAUCGACAUAGCUUAUUCCAGAAUAAAAUUUUAUUUAUGUAAUAUAGUAAGCAAAGAGAACAAAAAGAGAACUACUUUGUUUAAUAUAGCAGAUCAUAUUUUCCAUACGCGCUUCUCAUUGUGAUGGGACACAAAUAUAGUACAUAGAAUGUACAGACACAAUCAUAUUUUGUUUCGAAAACCCGUACACAAUGUGCAGUAUUUUAUGGAAAUUGAAAAUACCAAUCUUAAAUUACACGCAAGGUAGUUUUAGAAAAUUAUUUACAUAUUGGUAAUUUUCAUAUUAAUACAUUCUAAUUUUUUAUUUAAGUAUUGCAUAAAUGUAAAAGCAAAAUGAUAAAAUGUUUGCUAACAUCGUUAACGACAAUGGCACAAUGAAAGUAAUUAUAUGGUCGUGUGGCAAUAAGUUAUAAAACGAUAAUUUCUAAAACUGUCAAGCUUUAUCGGUAAGGAACAUCUACGUUAUCUUGCCAUUUUCCGCGAUUAUCUUAUGAUUUAAUGAUAAGAAUUUAUCAUUAAAUAUUAAGUAAGUAUAGUCAUCGUUUGAUAGAUCUGUAAAAUAAGAUUUUCUGAUCAUUCAUUGGUUGAGCCGUUUAUCAAACAUCAUGCGAUUAGGUCAGAGUUUACUUCAUUGGACAAUACUUUUACGUUUUAUCGCAUUGAUAUAAAUUGGUGAAGAUGUAUGAUUGGUACUUUUAUUUUAACUUUUUAUGUACCAACAAUGUUUUCGUAAUUUACAGGAAACUUCGUAGAUAUAUUUUAUGAUGUUAUUCGAUUAUAAUAAAUUAAUAUAAUCUAUGAUUAUAUUAUAAUAGAUUAUAAUAAAUUUAAUAUAAGAAAGAUUUUUUAAGUAUUUUUUUCGGCGUUGUUUAAUGUCCCAUCUACUGAGCAAUUUUUUUUUCAAUUAAUUUUUAUCAUCAUUUUUUUAACCAUUUUUAUAAAUAUAAUUCGGUACAUAAAGAGUUAAAAUAUUCGUAUAAAUAACUGUUAUGUAGUAUCUGAAUACGCGUUAAAUUAGGGACUUAUCAAUUAGAUAUAAGCGGAAAUGAGAUUGGCAGUUUUUUUGUCAAUCGAUUUGAUAUAUUGAGAAAAUAAUUGUACAAAAGAUUAUUUCAUUCGACUUUAUCAAGCAGCCUUGAAACUUAUACUUCCAUUUAGAGAGAAGCAUUUAUCGAAAACAUCGAUGUAUCUUAUAUUUAUUACACAAUAUUAUAUAUACGUAAACUUUUAAGAUUUACUCACACAUUUUUGUAAAAAAAAUCUUGAUCUAUUUCCAACCUCUAAAUCUAUCAAAUUGAUGGAUAAUUACAUCAAUCUUACGAUAUGUUUAAUCAAUAUUCUUUAUUGUAACAAAAGAAAAAAAAAAAAAAAAGAAAAA